UCCCCCGCGCUUCUUGCGCCCGGCCUGGCCAUGGCUUCGAUCGCCCUGAUGCCGCUCCUGUUGCUGCUGCUGCAGCCUCCGCCCGCCACCCCCGCGCCGCCUGCCCGCGACCCCUUCGCCCUGCAGCUCGGGGACACGCAGAGCUGCCAGCUGCGGUGCCGAGACCGCUACCCUAAUCCGCAGCCCGCUCAGGAGGAGUUGGAGGAGGACCCCACUGAGUCCCGGAAAGCGAAUGCGCAUAAUAGGGCGGUCCUGAUCAGUGCUUGCGAGCGAGGCUGCCGCCUCUUCUCCAUCUGCCGAUUCGUGGCCAGGAGUUCCAAGCCCAAUGCCACACAGGCUGAGUGUGAAGCCGCCUGUGUGGAGGCCUAUGUGAAGGAGACAGAGCAGCAGGCCUGCAGCGAGGGCUGCUGGAGCCAGAAUCCAGAGCCGGAGCCCGAAGCCGAGCCUGAGCUGGAGCAGAAGAGAAAAGUCCUGGAAGCUCCAAGUGGGGCCCUCUCGCUCCUGGACUUGUUUUCCACCCUCUGCAAUGACCUUGUCAACUCGGCGCAGGGCUUCGUCUCCUCCACCUGGACAUACUACCUGCAGACUGACAAUGGGAAGGUGGUGGUGUUCCAGACCCAGCCUGUGGUAGAGAGCCUGGGGCACGAGGGGGCCCGUCUGCAGCGAGUGGAGGUGACCUGGCGGGGAUCCCACCCUGAGGCCUUGGAGGUGCAUGUUGACCCUGUAGGCCCCUUGGACAAGGUAAGGAAGGCCAAGAUUCGAGUCAAGACCAGCAGCAAGGCCAAGGUGGAGUCCGAUGAGCUGCAGGACAACGACUUCCUCAGUUGCAUGUCCCGGCGCUCCGGGCUUCCUCGCUGGAUCCUGGCCUGCUGCCUCUUUCUUUCCGUGCUGGUGAUGCUGUGGCUGAGCUGUUCCACCCUGGUGACCGCACCCGGCCAGCACCUCAAGUUCCAGCCCCUGUCUCUGGAGCAGCACAAGGGCUUUAUGGUAGAGCCAGACUGGCCCCUGUACCCUCCCCCGUCGCACGCCUUUGCAGACAAUCCCCCGCCCUACAAGCUGAAGCUGGACCUGACCAAGCUGUAGGCCUCCAUUGCCAAGUUCAGGAGCUCCUUGGGUCUCACUUGCCCAUUGCCUAGGAGUCCGGGUCAGGGUGGGACGGUCCUUGGGCUCCUCCUCUCCCCAAAUUCUUCUUCUCUUCCCAGUCCCGCCCCUCCCCCC